CUCAAAGAAGAAGAGGAAGAAGAAGUGGCGUCUCGUAUGUUUUGAAUUUGCUGUAAUUCGGAACUGGGUCGGUGUUUCACGGCUUCUGGAUAAAAUUCAGAUCCAUUAUGUCCGAUGAAGACCUAAUUUCAGUGGAUUAUGAGAUUUUUGGCAGAGUGCAAGGUGUAUUUUUUCGGAAAUACACGCAGGCAGAAGGGAAGAAACUUGGCCUUGUUGGCUGGGUCCAAAACACACCAGCAGGAACAGUGCAAGGGCAGCUUCAAGGCCCACGCAAAAAGGUGAAGGAAAUGCAAGAAUGGCUGAGAUCCACUGGGAGCCCCAAGUCACACAUAACCAAGGCAGAGUUCAAGAAUGAGAAAGAAGUUGACAGCCUAGAACAUUCAUCUUUCAAUGUAGUAAAAUAACUGUGCCUUUAAUAUUAACUUAUGCAGAUGUUUUAUUUAUUUAGUCUUUUUUGUUUUUACUGGUUGGAAUUUAACAUUUAAACUGAAUGGGAGGAAGAGGUGUACUGCAUAUGUUUGAUCUCCUAAAUGUUCACAGAAUAU